AUGGCGGUGACAGAGAACGUGUCUAGCUGCUCCCUGAGCGCCAUGUGGGAUUGGUCGCAUCUGUCACUGUCAGGGACGCCGCCAACUGUGUGUCUGUUAGAUGCCGCAGCUGACCUUCUGGUGCUAGAAAGGAACUUUGCUGGAGCGUUGAAGCUCUGUGAUAGAGGCCUGCAGAUCCUAUCGGCAGAGGCUGGAGACACAAAGAAUGAACAAGUGAAGGCCUCACUGUGUGUGAUCGGGAUUCAGGCCCUGGCGGAGAUGGAGCAAUGGAGGGAGGUCCUGCCCUGGCUCUUCCAGUAUUACCAGAGCGCACAGGAGAUGCCACACAACAUCAUGGAGUUGUGCCUCCUCCUUUACAGCAGUGUGAAGCAGCCCCAUGUGAUGCUAGAACUGAGCCGUGAUUGGCUGAGCGAUCCCAAGAACCAGCUCAUGCCAGGGUACCGAGUAGUGGCAGAACUUUAUCUCCUGCGUAUUUUGCUCCCCCUUGGUCACUUCUCAGAGGCUGAGGAGCUGGCACAGGAUCCCAGAGCAUUCACCACGCAGCAACAGGAAGUGGCCCUCACAGCCGUAGCUGAAGAAAGGAGGCGUUUAAAGCGGGUGGAGGAAGAGACCGAGCGUGAGAGUCCAGGGGAGCCAGACCAUCCUCCAGGUAUGAGCAUCUCUUCCUCUGCCAAUUGA